AUGGAGUACUACUUCACCAAACUUGACGACGCAGCUGUUGUUGUUGUUGUUGUUGCUGUUGCUGUUUCGUUCACCGCUAGACUGCGUAAUGCUGGCUACUGCGUUACAUGCCUACCUCUACCUACCACAGCACAGAGUGGGCUAAUUAGGGGGGGGGGGGCAAGGGCAAAGACAAAACAAGGGUCUGUUAACCCUGUCAUUGGAAGGUUCGUUACAUACCUACCUACCUACCGUAACCUGUUGACAGACAACUACCUAUGUCGUGAGGAGGGAGGCGAUGAGCGGUUCGACGACACGCGGAUGGAUGGAUGGAUGUAUGGAUGGCGAAAUUUGUACAAGCGUUGUGAGCUGAGCGGGCGGGCCGGUAGACUGGGCUGA